UUCUCAUAUAUAUAGCAUUUUCCCACCCAAAUUUCAACUCAAAAAAAAAAGGAAACAAUGGGUCGAUCACAUUCUAGAUCACCAAAAUUGAGCCUUAACCGGUCAAUGGCUCGAGUUCGUGUCCGCUCACCGUCUCUCAGGGGAAAAUCAGCCUCUGAUUGUAUGGAAAAUGAUCAGGAAGUGGAGUUCUUAGGUAAACAAGAGGCUGACAACCUUAUCAAUGAUGAGGCUGGAACUGAGUCUGGAGGUGGCAAUAAGGUUAUGGUGGUGGUUGAUUCAAGUCUGGAAGCUAAGGGAGCACUUGAAUGGGCAUUAUCUCACACUAUUCAAAGUCACGACACCAUUGUUCUUCUGCAUGUGGCCAAGCCCAGAAACAGAGAGUCGUCCAAUAGGAAGCGUAAUCCAAGGAUUUAUGAACUGCUUCACUCAAUGAAAAAUUUGUGUCAAAUGAAAAGGCCAGGGGUCCAAGUUGAGGUGGGGAAGCUUGAAGGAAAAGAGAAGGGUCCAAUAAUUGUGGAGGCAGCUAAGCAACAGAAAGUGUCGCUCUUGGUCUUAGGACAAAGGAAGAGAUCAAUGAUAUGGCGUUUAAUGAGGAGAUGGGCAGGAAAGAGGGGUGGCGGCGGCGGAGUUGUGGAUUAUUGCAUCCAAAAUUCUUCGUGCAUGACAAUCGCAGUUAGGAGGAAGAGCAACGAGCUUGGUGGCUACUUGAUUACCACAAAGCGUCACAAAAACUUUUGGCUUUUGGCUUGAUAGCUCAACUUGUCAUCGCUUAUAAUUAUUUUGU